AUGGCGGGCAUCAAAGCUGGCAAGUACGACGAGUAUCUUGUCGGCUACCAGGUUGAAGCGGAUGCAACUGACCUCUCCGAAACAGAAGUCUAUCUGGGAAGCGACACGGCGCAGAACUCAUUCGCGUGGCUUGUGCCGCUCUCGGAAGGGCGCGCGGUGGUGGGCAUGGCACCCCGGCGCCGCGCUAACGGGCAGAUGGAGGGAUUCAUCGAGCGCCUAAAUCCGAUGGCAGAUCGAUAG